AUGAGCAGUUUCCCUGAUCGUAUGCAUCCUAAUGAUCCAAGAUUUGAAGAGUGGGCGAGAAGUUUAAUGGAUCAAGAUGACGAAGAUAUUAGAUUCACUGAAAGUGAUAAUGAACUGGCAGUUUCUGACAUAACAGAGGAGAUACAUGAAGAAGAAUCCGAUGUAGACUACAUACCAGACGAAAAUGAAACUGAAAAUUGGUUGGAGGAAAGAUGA